AUGGCAGGCCGCAAGUCAAAGGGCAAACCUCGCGGCACCCGAGAGAGCCCGCUGGAAGUCAAAUUUCGGGAAUGGAAGUCCCUCCUGCCCACAAAUCCUGAUUGCGAGCCGCUCGGCACUGAUACCCUUGUGAAGAUUUUCGAGACUGCCGACGAGCUCGUACAUGUCGACGUUGAAAGGAGGCAACUCGUGGUUUCCACGCUUUCCACCCCUGGUGGGUUGCAGUGCAUUUUGGAGUUGAUCGAGAUAUUCGCACUUGAGGAGAAACGCAAGCCUGCUCUCCAGUCCGCAGUCUCCUCGCUCUUCUUUGUCAUCGGGCAUCACCAAAUUUUAGAUUCCGCGAUACUCCAAACACCUCUAACUACCAUUUAUAUGACCAUAUGGGAAAAGGCCGAGACAUGCGCACUGGGAUUGUUUGCUGUUGUUGAGGAAGCGGGACAAACAUUCUCUCUGGAAGAUGUGGAGGUCACACUUGCUGUCCUCUCGCGAUUCCUCCUGUGCAGCGAGUCCAAGGCUCUGGCCAAUGAGGGCCAAUCGAUUGUGCGGGUGUUGGAAGACAAGAUGCACUCCUUGACAAUUGAAUGUGAUAAUUCUACGGCUGUCAACAUAAGAAGAUUGCUAUCUCGCAGCAAAGCUCCACGAGGCAGGAAACUCACUGAAAAAUUGUCGCCUUCACUACUUUCCAAGACGAGAGGAAAAUCCGAUAAUCCUGGCGAUGGCCCGGGUGAUGUCUCUCCUUCAGGCCGAAGACACGACAAUGACUUCGCAGACAUUCGUCAGAUACGAAUAUUUCCUACCUUUCAAGAGAUCACGAGUGAGCGGGAACCGUACCUGCCACACUUGGACCCUAACUACUUGCAUCUUGAUGGUACUGAUGGGCUUAUUGACCGGCAUUUCCGUCUCUAUCGAGAAGAUGUCAUUGCGGAUAUGCGGGAUACCAUACGAAACAUAAUUACCCAACAGAAACAACCGGCCCUGCGGUCUAGAGCCCCCGCUAAUACUGCCAAAUUCAAUAGCUAUCAGAAUCUGGUGCUUCAGCGCUUGGCUUGCGACCGCUUCGAAGGCCUUGUCACCACAGUCGGCGUAAAUCAGCCUAGGGAAGUUCGGACAAUGAAUACCAAAGCUAGAGAAAGUUGGUGGAAUAGCGCGGGAAGGUUACAGCCUGGCGUUCUCGUAUGCUUGUUGGAUGCAACCGGACAAGCCAUCUUCUGCACUGUCCUGGAACAGCGACGAAAGUUCAGCGGCGAGAACACAAAUAACAAAGCAGGGAAUGAUUCCUCACAUGACCUGAGUUCAGAUCCCCGGCAGGCUGUUUUCUCACUUGUGUUGGCCGAUUCUAAAGACAUCCAAGCUCUCACGGAACUUUUCGCAAGCGGUCGCCGAGGCUUAACCUUGCUUGAAUUUCCAAAAAUCAUCUCACAGACCUUCCAACCCACUCUAGCCGCGUUGCAAUCCAUGAUCGGGAAGGAUGAUCUUCCAUUCGUAGAACUAUUGGCUCCAAAAAACAUUGAUAAUCCCGGAGUCACAGUUGAGCCUCCAAUGUUCACCCAGAUGAAGGAUUUCGAGUUUGAUCUUAGCCCUCUCACCUUGGGUAGACAACCGCUGGAACUACCACUUCAUGGCCCAUUCGACAUGAACAUUCUAGUGGAGGGGUCCACGCUGGACCGAAAGCAAGCCGAGGCCCUUGUUCACGCUCUUACUCGCCGUCUAGCGCUUUUACAGGGCCCGCCUGGUACGGGCAAGAGCUUCAUCAGCGUCGCUCUGCUCCGAGUGUUGCUAGCCACCAAGGACAUCACUAAUAUAGGACCCAUUCUAGUGGUUACCUAUACAAAUCAUGCGCUCGACCAAACAUUGGAGCACUGUAUAGACCAGGACAUCACCAACGUAAUACGUAUUGGAAGUCGCUCCAAGAGUGAACGACUCGAGAACAUGAACCUUCGGUCCGUCGCCAAGGGAAUGCCAAAGACCAAGCUUGAGAAGAGGCAGGCGGAUCAUCAAUCAAGCGCUUUACAAGGAAAGGCUGGGUCCGUGAAUGAGGCUAUUCAAUCCAUCCUCGAGCCUGAUAACGCGAUUGAUCUAAUGGAGUACCUGAAAUAUUGUUAUCCCGAGUACCACCAGCAAUUCUGGGCUAGAGAUGAAAAGGCCAUCAAAAACUCCUUUCAGUUUAAGCCUAUAGCGUCAUGGCUGCAAAAGGGCCGGCGAGAUGAUUUGAACCCUACUUGCACUGCUCAGGAACUACUGAGUAGGAAUGCCGAUGCAAUAUGGCAGAUGUCGCUAAAUGAACGGAAAUGUCUCUACACAUUCUGGGUGAAUGGUUACCGGGCGAAUCGCAAGGAAGCAUUCUAUGCCGCCAUGCGUCAGUAUUUUGCAGUCAAGAAGUUAGACGAUGCCGCAAGACGCGAGGUCGACUUAAGAUGUCUAGCUGGCGCUGAUAUCAUCGGUAUGACUACUUCUGGGCUAGCACGCAACCUAGACCUUCUCAAGCGAUUGCCAAUCAAAGUCGUGCUUGUGGAAGAGGCUGGCGAGAUUCUGGAAGCGCAUACUUUGACUGCGCUGCUACCUGCCAUAGAGCAUGCUAUUCUGGUCGGUGAUCAUCUUCAGCUUAAGCCUUCCGUCGAACGCUUUCAGCUAGCAUCAGAGAGCCAUGGCGGUAAAAAGUAUUCCUUGGAUUUGUCCUUGUUCGAGCGGUUAGUCAGCCCUCCAGUUGGCAUACCCAGCCUCAAGCUUCCAUGUAGCACCCUCGGAACGCAGCGUCGAAUGCGGCCUGCUAUUUCAUCUCUUAUCCGUGAAACCUUGUAUCCUCACUUAGAGGACGACCCCAGCGUAGAGUCAUAUCCUGAAGUGACUGGAAUGAGAGAUUGCUUAUACUGGCUCGACCAUGCCAGUCCGGAGCAAGGAGGUGGGUACUCCGAACAGACUAGCAUGUCCAAAUCCAAUGAUUACGAGGUCAAGUGUGUUGUCGCUCUGGCUACGCAUCUUCUCUCUCAAGGCGUUUAUCGGCCCAAAGAUAUCGCAGUCAUCACUCCAUACCUCGGCCAAAUGUUCAGGCUGAAGACGGCAUUAUCUGUCGUAUCGGAGGUCGCGCUUGAUGAUAGAGAUGAGGGGCAGUUAAGAGAAGCCGGGUUUAUCGAUUCAGGGUACAUGGAAUUCAGCGAGGAUUCCAAGGAAACAAGUCUACUCGACGCUUUGAAGGUUGCCACCGUAGACAAUUUCCAAGGCGAAGAAGCAAAGGUGGUCAUCGUGUCACUCGUGAGAUCAAAUCAGCUCAACCAAUGCGGAUUCCUCCGAACGCCGAACCGUAUAAACGUUCUACUGAGCCGUGCAAAACAUGGAAUGUACAUUGUUGGAAAUCGAAACACGAGUGCGGGCGUUCCAAUGUGGGCCAAAGUACUGAGCAUAUUUGAAGAGCAAGGCAAUAUCGGAAGGAGUCUCAAGUUGAGCUGCCCUAGACACCCGGAAACUGUAAUGGAGGCUUUUGAGCCUGCGGACUUUCAGCGUUUGUCUCCUGAAGGAGGAUGUACACUGCCAUGCGACCGGCCACUCCCCUGUGGGCAUGCAUGCAAGCAGCUUUGCCACUCUGAUCUGAGACACACCAGUGUCAAGUGUCUCGAGCCGUGCGAGCGGAUGAAAAAAGGUUGCGAUCAUCCAUGCCAAUGGAAUUGCGGAGAUGCGUGCGAGCCAAAGUGCGUCGAGCUACUCGCCGAAACCACCAUCACUCUUGCCUGUGGGCAUACCUUGAAAGAUGUCCGUUGCUGGCAGCGUCAAGAUCAAAGCUCUCUCGUGUGUAACGUCGUACUCGAUAAGCAUAUCAAUCGUUGUGGCCAUACAGUCAGGGUACCUUGCCACGAGAAUGUCCAAGACCGGGAUUUCCUGGAUUGCGACACACCAUGCGGAGGAAAACUGAGGAAGUGCGGACACAUCUGCCAAGCACCUUGCUUCGCGUGUCCGAUCUGGGAGGACGGGACCAGAAAUCAUGCUGCCUGUGCCCAGUGUUCUGGGUAUGCUUAG